UGUGAGGAGUCGGCUUCUCUGCGCGCGUGCACGUGCAGGGGGGGAUUUGCUAGCUCUCCGUGCCUUAGCCGCGUGUGUGUGCUCGUUUUCAAGCAGGCCCCGUUCAUUAAGUCUGCGGGGCCGUGCGCUUUCUGCUGACUUUGUUUGGUUCAAAGCCUGAGGCUCUUAUUGAUCAGCAGCGUGCUGGACCCACCAUGUCUACAGCAGCUGAUUGGCUCUCUUCAUGGCAGGCGGCCACAGCUUAAGAGCAGAAAAGCCAGUGUUACUUACAUCUUUCUGGGUAUAUUUUAAACAUGCUUUAAAUCGCUCAGCAUUAGCAGCACGGGCUUCAGAAACGUCCGAUUUUCCGAUUCUCAUACUGGAAAAGCAGCAGCAGAUGCGUUUCUAGGUGAACGGCAGCCACCGACAGAGCAGCGCGACGCCGAGCUCUCGAGCUUUAAGCUGGUGUUUUAUUCCUGUUUUGGCAGAUCGAGGCACGCGGUUGCUGUGUGGGUGUCUGCACUCAUGCCCAAAGUCUGUGCUGCAUCCAUAUAGACAAGGAUGGAGUCUGCAAUAUGACAGGGAGACGCUCAGUCUGGAUGACUGUCUCCAGCAGUACGUGAAGAGCUUUGAGCGGGAGCAGAUGGGGGGAGAGCAGCUGCUGCACAUCACCCAUCAGGAGCUGGAGGAGCUGGGCGUCACCAGAAUAGGACAUCAAGAGCUGAUCCUGGAAGCUGUCGACCUCCUCUGCGCCCUGAACUACGGCCUAGAGACAGAGAACCUCCGGACUUUGUCCCACAAGUUGAACGCAUCAGCAAAAAACCUCCAGAACUUCAUCCUGGGCAGGCGGAGGGGUGGACACUACGAUGGCCGCGCUUCUCGGAGGCUACCCAAUGACUUCCUUACCUCAGUGGUAGAUCUGAUUGGCGCAGCUAAGAACCUGCUGGCCUGGCUCGACAGGUCUCCUUUUGCCAGUGUGACCGAGUAUUCGUUACUGAAGAACAACAUCGUGCAGCUCUGUCUAGAAUUAACGACCAUCGUACAACAGGAUUGCACUGUGUACGAGACAGAGAAUAAGAUUCUCCAUGUGUGUAAAACCUUAGCAGGGAUAUGCGACCAUAUCAUCUCUCUGUCAUCAGACUCUCUGGUGUCUCAGUCGGCCCAUUUAGAGGUGGUCCACCUCACUAGCAUCAUGCCCAGUGAAGGACUGGGAAUGUACAUCAAAUCAACGUACGAUGGCCUUCACGUCAUCACAGGAACCACAGAGAAUUCUCCAGCAGACCAGUGUAAGAAGAUCCACGCAGGGGAUGAAGUGAUCCAAGUCAACCAUCAGACAGUGGUGGGCUGGCAGCUGAAGAACCUGGUCAACGCCCUGCGAGAGGACCCGUGCGGCGUCAUCCUAACGCUGAAGAAAAGGCCCCAGAACACCCUGAGCUCCACGCCGGCGCUGCUCAGGAACGUCCGCUGGAAACCGCUGGGGCUGCAGCCGGUGCCCACCAGCCCCACCAGCACGUCCCCUACACCCGGUGGCACUCUGGGCAUGUCCAAAAUGGAUGCACCCAGCAUGCAGGACGUCUACAUCCUCUCUCCGGUCUCUGGACUCUACAGCCCCAGGGACGAACUGGGUCUGAUGUCGUGUGACGACAUCAACCGAUACAGCGUGAGCUCCCAGUCCGGCUCCAAAGGGUCCGAGGCUGUGAGCUACUUCCUGGAUCAGGACAGCGGUCAGUACUUCUCUCUGCUGGAGGGAGACGGACCGCUGGGGCCUGACUACGACAGGGGGCGCAACACGGGGGUUCGCCGGCGGGACAAGACCCCCACUCACGGUGACCUCAGACCCGUUUCCAUGCCCCCUGAAUAUAACUGGAUGGCCGAGGCCAAGGAGCCGAGCAUGGGCAAGAGAGGGAGCCGAGAUUCAGACAAUUCCCUGCUGCGUUACCUUAGCGACGACAAGAUCCUGGUGAUCGAGGAGGAACCGGAGGGCCCGGGCCGAGAGAGCCGACGGGACUCCACCAGGCGCUCUCGGCGCAAGAGCCGAAAUCCCAGCAGCCCCAGCUUCCCCAUCAGCCCCUCCAUGUUGUCGUCCACCCUGCGCCUCGACCAGCCGCCUGAGCCUUUGCCUCGAGGUGCGGACACGCUGCGAGCAGACACGACAGACAGGUACUCAGGCUCAGGGAGCUCCGGCGCGGCCUCCAUGAGGAAGUCCUUCCAUUACACCUCCCUAAGAACGAAAACCAAAAAGAGAAGUAAAGGUUCCCUCACUAGUGCGAGUCGAAGGAGAAUUUCCUGUAAGGAUCUGGGACACGGCGACUGCGAGGGGUGGCUGUGGAAGAAGAAGGACGCUAAAGGCUACUUCACCCAGAAAUGGAGGAAGUACUGGUUUAUCCUCAAAGAGUCCUGCCUCUACUGGUACACCAACCAAAACGAUGAGAAAGCUGAGGGCUUCAUCAGCCUGCCCGAGUUCAGGAUAGAUCGAGCCAUAGAGUGCAGACGGAAAUUCGCCUUCAAAGCCUGUCAUCCCAAAAUCAAGAGUUUCUUCUUCGCCACAGAUUGUCUGGAGGAAAUGAACAGGUGGAUGAACCGGCUGGGCCUGGCCGCUAUCGGCUACACCCCGGACGACAAGGUGCCUCGCCCCGAUGAAGACUACUGGAGUGAGAGCGAUCAGGACGAGGUCGACGGGUCGAUGACGCUCAAGCAGGAGGGGCCCUCAUCGCUGUGUGACACUUAUCACCGCACACCAUCAGUGAAUUCUUCCAGCCCCUUCCCAGAGCCCAAGCACGGUCGCCACUUCUCCAGCGAGUCCACGCACUCCCACUCCUCGGCCGAGGACCAGCGUGGCGACGGCAUGGGCGUGGGCACGGGCACGGGCAGCACCAGCACCCACUCGUCCGGCUGCCGCUCGUCCCACCGCGAGCGCCGCUCCUGGCAGGACCUCAUAGAGACCCCGCUGACCAGCGCGGGGCUGCACUUCCUCCAGACGGCGCCCGGGGACAGCGACUACGGAGGCCUGAUGGCCGGCGAGAUGGGGCUGUACGGGGGCCUGGGCAGGCAGGGCAUGUCCCCGGAGAGGCGCCGGCAGGCCACGCUGCCCGUGCGGAGACACCACGCCGCCGAGCGCGACCGGGAGCGGGACGGGCCCUUCCCGCUGGAGCGCGGGCCCUACACGCACAGCCACACGCACCGGCGCUCGCACAAGCAGCGCAGCCAGAGUCUGCCGAGGAACCGGGACCCGAUGCCGGGCAAGCUGCUACACACCGCGGCUCACAUGGAGGAGAGGAGCGAGGACGAGGAGGCAGACGGGCACGCGGCCGAGAUGCUCGAGGGGGAGGAGGACCUGCGGGAGUUGAGGAUUGAGAGCAGGGAGAGGAGAGUGUCUGAGGGACGGGACCGGCGGGUGUCAGAAGCCCGCGAGCCCGAGCCACUGGACGGAUUGGAGCAGCUGUAUCGAGCCCUGGAGCAAGCCAACGUGACGGCCCUGGGGGACCCGAGGCCCUGCAGCAGGCAGGAGCUCCGACGCUGCUUCACCCAGAGGACCAGGGACCCCCUGCUCAACGACAGGCUGCACCGGAUCCGGGCCCUCCGCAGCACCCUGAAGGCCAAAGAGUCGGAGCUGGCGGUGAUCUGCGCCCUCCUGGAGGACCCUGGCCUGUGCUCCCAGACCUUCAGAGAGUGGAAGCUGUGGCACAGCGAGCUCUACGCGGACAUCUGCCAGCUUAGCCCCGGCACCAACGGCCAGGACGACCUCUCCCCGCUGGGGGCGCCGCUCAUGACCCACACACACUCCUUCAUCGAGACACACGUGUGAGGAAAGGGAAGGAGCAGCAGAGACUAGACACACACACACACACACACACACACACACACACACACACACACACACACACACACACACACACACACACAGUUUUACAUGUGAUACACGUCCUCUCCCGAUCACGACUCUGAGCACGCUCACACACACACACACACACACACACACACACACACACACACACACACACACACACACACACACACACACACACACACACACACACACACAGAUUGUAAGAUGUGUAAAUAUCAUAGGAGGAACAGUCUGAGACCUGCGUGUAUGAACUUUUGAUAAUCCUGAGGACCCCACAGGGUGCCUAUUGCAUGCCUGAGCAGAAAGCAUUAAUCUUCCUUUGUCUAUGGACCUCAGCAUAAACUCCACAUGCUUGUUGGGCAAACGGGAAAAAAGGCGACUUUUUCACGCACUCCUUCCUUUGUAUUCUCUCGGUCCUUGCUUUUCUUUGGCAGGUUGCUUUCAGGGGGCAGGGGGAGCUAUGUAGCAGCAAUACAGAGGAGAAUCCUUUUCACCAGAGCACUGUACUUUUGUACUGAUGAACUUUGCACCCAGAGCCACCAGUUCUCCCCCACCCCUCCCUCUCUCUCUCUCUCUCUCUCUCUCUCUCUCUCUCUCUCUCUCUCUCUCUCUCUCUCUGUCUCUUCUUUCACCGCAUCUCUCACCCACUUACAGGGACCUCACUGUUACUCCAGGCGGACCUGCGGCGAGCGUUCGAGAGCCGUGACUUGAGUUCGCGUAAGACUGUGAAAGGUAGCUACCUAUGCGAGUUUCUCCGUCCCAGCUGACGACAGCUGCAGUCGCCAGCUUUGAGACUCCGUCGUGCUGGCUUGAUGCACAUUAUUUCAAACUGUGAACUGUUGUGACAAGAAAACACAACUUUACGUGCAGAAGGAGGCUCCUCUGUUUGAGUGCAGUUCUACACUUCAGAAGGCGUUCUCUCUCCCUCUGUGCUUCUCCAUUUCCUUCUUUUUAUUAUUUCUUUCCUCUCUCUCUCUCUCUCUCUCUCUCUUAGUCCUCAGAGACUUAUGUAUAUUUGUAUACUGCUGUGUAUACUGAUGUAAAUGUUUGCGUUCCACUACCACUGUGAUAUGCUUCUAGAGGUAGCGGAGGGAAGACAGAGAGUAUGUAUUUGAGUGGGUGCAAGACUUUUCUUCGUUUUGUUGUUAUUUUUUUUCUUAGAUAGCGAUUGCAAGAGCUAGAACGUUCUUUUCAAUGAAGUCACUCACUACGAAGAAUGCACUUUCUAUAUCUCUAUAUCCCAUUGGCUGCAUCCACAGGGUCUAUGUUUCAUUGGCCUCUUAUACCAUUGCUGUUUCAAAAUAUCAGGUAAAAGCAUUUGCCGUCUCAUUUUCUAAGGAUUUGUGUACAGUCUACAAAUAUAUUUAAACAUAGAAGAAUAUAUAAAUCUAUUUACAUUUUGUGUCAUAGAUAUAAUGUAAAGUAUGAUGUGUUCUAUGCCAAGGUUUUGCAGUGUCCCCCCCUCUUCACUCUGUAGACUCAGGGUGUUUAGUUGAGCAACUAGGAGGCAAACGACCACCACCACUGACAGCUGCCUGGCGGCUUUUAUUGCUCCAGCUGAUCCUACUCCUGGUGAUGUGUUGCAUGAGAAAAAAAAGGCCUGGGACUGACGUGAUUGGACAGGGUACACUAUUAUGGAUCAUCUGUGGCGCUUCUUUUUUUUAAUAUUUUUUUUAUAUCUUUCUCAUGAUUGCAAGAUGAUUAGACCCGUAGCGCAUGACCCGUGCAAGCGAACUGUUGAGGAAUGACUUUAUUUCUAGGUUUGUAUACGUCUUGGUUUUUCAUUAGUCUUUAAAGACACGCACUGUACAAGGCCGAGGGAAGCGUUUCGCCACUCGGUUAGUCAGUUAAAUGCAGAUCCUUCUUUCGUGUCCAACGAGAAGGCUUUAAUGUGCUGUUUGAACAUAAAGACUGGCACACAAUCUGUGACCAUAGGAAUCUUACCUGAGAAGCAGCAGUGCAGUUACUUCUAAAAAGAAAGCUUUGUGUCUGACUUCCCUUCAAGCAUAAGGUACUGGACGCGAAAGACCUCCACGCUAAAUGGUCUUAACGUCUGUGAAACCCGGAUGAAUCAUUUCAUCUGCAAUAUCAGGCCAAGGACUCAAUGACGCCCCCUAGUGUUGAAAGCUCAGAGAAACAAGCGUAGCACCUGCUGCAUCCAGCACUAUCUGUACUUAUUCUUCGCAUUUUAUUGUAGUUCUUUGACUGUAGGUUCAAGUUUUCCAUCAUGUCACACUUUCGUGAAAAAUCAAACACACCCCAGAGAUAUAGCUCAUGUUUUUUUAAUGGUUAAUUUGAGAGUACCACAAAGAAAACUAAAUGAUGCAAGCACUUUCCCUGUGCCUCCCAACCCUCUCUUUGGCAACGAUGGACUGACUAUACUGGUAUUCCUACGCACACACACACAGCUGUAGAAGAGUUACAAUACAAUUCCAGUCUGCAGACCUCUCUCUGUUUCUCAUCCGUAGUGUCGGUCUUCUUUUUCUAUCCGCUGCUCCUCAGAGCAGGCAACACACUGUAGAUUAAAGAGUUGUAUGAGUUAUGAUUUGUAGGCACAGACUGUGUUAUUCCUCCCAGACCUUUGUGUGUGUAGACCUGCAGAAACAGGCCGAAAAGGGAGAUUCCACUGUGUGUUUUUUCAGGGGUGUACACCUCAUGGUACAUUGCACAGGUGUGUAAGAUGUAAGUUGCACUGCGACAUUAAAAAAGGAACAUAUUGCUCUUUUUCAAGAAUAAUAUUAGCUUACUGUUAUUCUGUACAUUAACUGACUAAAAAUGAUAUUAAAAAAGAAAGAAAAUGACAUUUAUUCUUCCUAAAGUAGCCUUUUUUGGUUUCAUAUAUAUGAAUAUAUAUUACAAAAGAUACAGAUUGUAAACUUGAGUUGUUAAACUUUGACUUCAAUAAACUGAAUCCUCUGCACUAUGA